UUCUUGUUUGUAACCAGCUCCCAUUUCCUCGUUUGUUGUUGUUUAGUGUGGGAAUUUUAUCAUAAACAAAGUUAUACCGAAAACUACAAGUCGGUUUGACUGGAUCAUAUUUUUUUGUUGAUGUCGAUGCUUCUUAAUAAUUUCACAGGUAGCCAAGUAUUAAAGUACCAAAACCAUAAGGCUAGAGCUGGAUUAGCUUUGAGGGGGUUAUUUUAGAGCUUAGCUGGACAGCUGUGUGUUUUCCCUCGACCGCUGGACGAGUCGAACGGUCGGUCAGCGCCUGUAGAUUAGGGAGAUAAAGUCUGUUAAUCUACCCAGCGUGUUUUUUUUAACAUUACAUGAUUAUUUGAGCGAACUCAAGGGAAGCGAUUGCUCGGGGGAAACCCUGAAGAAGCUGUCGUUAGCCUGCUAACCAGUUCAGUCGUGUACGCGUCGUUGCUGAAUCAUGGGCUCGGUGCUCGGCCGGAGGAUCGCCGGUGUGGAGGAUAUUGAUAUCCAGGCGAAUUCUGCUUAUAGAUUUCCUCCAAAAUCGGGGAAUUACUUUGCAAGUCACUUCUUCAUGGGAGGCGAGAAGUUUGACACCCCUCACCCUGAAGGUUACCUGUUCGGUGAGAACAUGGAUCUCAAUUUCCUAGGCAACCGUCCAGUCCAGUUUCCUUAUGUGACCCCGGCACCGCACGAGCCUGUGAAGACUUUGAGAAGCCUUGUCAACAUAAGGAAGGACUCAUUACGACUUGUCAGAUAUAAAGAUGAUGGUGAUUCAACUACUGAGGAAGGAGCGAAACCCAAGUCUUUAUACGGCGUGGAGUUCACCUUUGACUCAGACGCCCGUGUAGCGAUCACUAUCUACUGCCAGGCGUUUGAGGAAUUCUCCAACGGAAUGGCGAUUUAUAAUCCCAAGAGUCCUGCUAUGGGGUCUGAAACGGUGCACUACAAGCGAGGAGUGAGCCAGCAGUUCUCCUUACCCUCCUUCAAGAUCAGUUUUUCUGAAUGGAAGGAGGAAGACCUAAACUUUGACCUGGACAGAGGUGUUUUUCCCAUGGUCAUCCAGGCAGUAGUGGAUGAAGGAGACGAUUGUUUGGGACAUGCACAUGUGCUGUUAGCUGCAUUUGAGAGGCAUGUUGAUGGCAGCUUCUCAGUGAAGCCUCUAAAACAGAAACAAAUUGUGGAUCGGGUUAGUUACCUGCUCCAGGAGAUCUAUGGCAUUGAAAAUAAGAACAACCAGGAGACAAAGCCGUCUGAUGAUGAGAACAGUGACAACAGUAACGAGUGUGUGGUGUGUCUGUCAGACCUGCGGGACACGCUCAUCCUGCCCUGUAGACACCUGUGUCUUUGUAACUCAUGUGCAGAUACACUACGCUACCAGGCCAACAACUGCCCCAUCUGCAGACUACCUUUUCGUGCCCUGCUGCAGAUCAGAGCAGUGAGGAAGAAGCCUGGAGCGCUUUCUCCCAUCUCUUUCAGCCCUGUAUUGGCUCAGAGCAUGGACCAUGAUGAGCACUCGAGCACUGACUCGGUUCCUCCUGGCUUUGAGCCCAUUUCCCUGUUGGAGGCUCUCAAUGGCCUCACUGCCAUGUCCCCUGCUGUGCCAUCAGCACCUUUAUACGAUGAGAUCAACUUCCCGGGCAGCCUGAGUGGGGACAGCAGGCAGCUGAGUUCUCCUGAACACUCUGGAGAAAGCAGCCUUCAAAAGGGCAAAGUCAGCAAGUCACCUGACAGCACGCUACGCUCACCUUCGUCACCAAUCCAGGAGGAGGACGAGGAGAAGCUGUCCGAGAUGUCUGACGCACAGGCCCACACCCUGCUGUCCAGCAGUCCAGCUCCGACUGAGGGCACUGGUGCAGAGGAUGUGCCUGACUCUCUGUCUCCAGAAGACGAGGACAGGGUGAAUUCUGAGGGAGAAAUUAUACCUGACUGCAUCAGCGAGCGCAGCAGCCUGACCAAAGCCGAGAGCGACCCACCAGCUCUAGGUCCUGAUUCCUGCUCUAUUGGUAUGGAAGAGUAACUCUGGUUCGUCGGGCUCCAUGGAGAGUUUGAUUACUCGGAGCACAAGCUGCUCUAGCCAGCCGCUGCUCUGUCCCAUGAGCACUUUGCACAUGGAAGAUGAAUAACCGGACCUUGAUUCACCCCCCCACCCCCACCCCCGAUCUCCCUGAUCUCCCUGAUCUCCCUGAGGCUUCAUCUAGAGACCCUGCCCAGAACCUCCCUUAAUGGUGACUUCUGCAGCCCUAUUCACAUAGCCAUCAACAGCAAUUUCUCUUACUAUCCAGUGUCUAGUCACUUAAAUAGUACAACUGUUUCUGUAUUUCACUCGUCUCCUUUUUUUUCACCUGAAUAUUCUUUAGUGCAUUUUAUUUAUUUGGAAAUGUUGUCAAAUCCAGCAUAGCAAACUGGAAGUUGGGAAAUAAGAGGAAAUUAGGGUAAAUUAUUGAUGGUCUUAACAUGGAGCUUUUGAGUCAUUAAUGGAAAAAAAAUAUAUAUAUUCAAAUAUUAGGAGUAUUACUACAGAAGCAACACUAACCUGAUACAGUUCACGUUUAAAGCACAACUUAAUAUCCAGUGUUGUUCCAAAACCUUCUGAAGACUAAUAAAAGCAGUGUUGAUUAUAAUAUAGAGAUAUGUAUAAUACAGAUCUGUAACUCAGUGAAUUUGAUACAAAGGCACGUUUUAUAGCACGUCUGAUUUUUUUUUAGAGUGAACUCUUGUUUUGUUUUUCCGUUUUACUGAGCGAUGGAGGGAAUCUCCAGAACUGGGACCUUGUUUAAGAUGUGUGUGCGUAUGUAUGUAGUGUACAGAGUUUUGCUUUCUUAUCAGUUUUAUGACCAAAUAUAUCUAUAUUAUGUGUAUUUGCACUUUCUCCUACAUAUAUUCUGUAGAGCUUAUUACACUACGGUGUGUGUGUGUGUGUGUAAGGGAGAGAGAGCAAGAGCGUGCAAGCACGAGAGAGUAUAGAAAGAGAGAGAGCGAGAGAGAGCGAGUCAUUCCUUUCAUGUAUCUUGUGAAAGAGAAAUGCAGUUAAUCUGCUACGUGGUCAACAAGACAUUGUGAACACUCCAUACAGAUGUUAUAUACUGUAUAAUAGGAUAUCUCAAUCCUUAUGUCAGAAGAGAUAACUCAGCGACUCAAAUCAUUUAAUCAUUUGCCUCAUAACACGUAUUCGUUCCAUCUCCUCCAGUCCGGCGCACCACGAUAUACAAUGCAAAUGCUUUGUAAAUGCAGCAUUAUGCAUAGAGGUCUAUGUGCCUUUAAAAACAAGCCUGGCUACUUAGUGCUUUGAGCUGUUCGGUCCUUGUGAUUUCAAGAUCACCUCUGGAGGCUAGAGACGUGUAUGUUCUUUCAACUUUCCAUAUAUGGCCACACGCUGAAACACUCUAGGCUUAAUAUCGUUUCUAUUAUACUAAGUGACUAUUUCGAAAAAGGGUUAAACCAGUGUUUUAUGAUUAAUUAAACGGCCACAAUAUUAGAUGGUUUUAUUAAUUGAUACUUGUUUGAUUUAUUUGUGUGUGUGUGUGUGUGUGUGUGUGUGCACACAUGUGAAGGCUGUUGGGUGUGAUCUGAAUAGAUUUCUAAUUAACACCUUGCUGUUUUCUCUGUAAACAGAUUAUUAACGUGCAUAUGCAAUAUUGAUAAGUGGCUUUAUGUAAAGAUCAGACGAAGCUCUGCAUGGCGUGUAAAUAAAGACGACCUAUUUAACACUCUUUAUCUGUGGAAAAAACGCUUACUUUUCUCCCUCUGAUAAUGUGCCAUUUCAGCCUGAUGAUCCACUGUGCCUUCUUGUAUCCCCUCGUAAUCUUAUCAGCCUGGUAUCCAGGAUGUUAACAUCGAGACAGCUGUGGUUCUCAAGCUCAGCAUUAACGUUAUGUUGUGUUCAAGUGUGUGCAGUGUAAAAGUGCAUGUAAAUUGAUCAAUAAAAAUUAAUUCUUCAUUAACUCUA